GCAGCUGGCCAGUCCCCCACUUCUCUCUUCGAACAGGUAGAAUGCAAAAAUGGGUGUUUUUCGGUCUGGAUAAAGAUCUUGACUUUCCUCUCUCUCUCUCCUGAAAUAUUUUAGUGGCUUUGAUUCGCUUCAUAUAAGGACGGUUGUUCUCCAUCGCUCUCUUCUUUUUUGCCCUUUCUUUCUUUUUCUUUUCCUAUGUCGAGCAGUCGAGGGGCCACAUGAAGCUUUUAUUAGGGUUUUAAUUUAUGGAAUCUCUCUCUGAUCGUCUUUUUCAUUGAUCACUGUCCUACCUCUCUCUCUCUCUCUCCAUCUGCACUUUUCUGGACGAAGGUUGUUUUUCAUCUUCUUACGGUUUUAUGAUUUUCGACCGAGAGUGGAUUGGUCGAAGCUUUUUCUUUUCUUUUUUUUUUUCCCCUGAGAUUAUUCUCUGCAUAAGCUUGUUUUCGCUCUUGCUCGUCUGCAAUCGCAUGUUCUGCUGAUGAAAGCGGGUUCCUGUCCUAGUCUUUCUUGCGAAUGGCUGAGAGCAGAAGAUAUGCCUCAAAUCAACAAUUAGACAUUACACAAAUAUUGUUAGAAGCACAACACCGUUGGCUCCGGCCAAAUGAAGUUUAUGAAAUCCUUCGCAACUAUCAAAAGUUCCACUUAACACCAGAUCCGCCUUAUAAGCCUCCAGGUGGUUCCUUGUUCUUGUUUGAUCGAAAAGCACUUCGGUAUUUCCGCAAGGAUGGCCACAACUGGAGAAAGAAGAAAGAUGGAAAGACUGUACGUGAAGCUCAUGAAAAAUUGAAGGCUGGGAGUGUGGAUGUUCUUCACUGUUACUAUGCCCAUGGUGAGGAUAAUGAGAACUUCCAGAGACGGAGUUAUUGGAUGCUUGAUGGGCAGUUAGAGCACAUUGUUCUGGUGCACUACAGAGAGGUUAAAGAGGGGAACAGAUCUGGCAUCUCUCGCUUGUUAAGUGCAGAUCAAACACAAACUGAAAAUGCUCAGAUCAGUUCAGCACCUUCCACUGCACAGACAACCUCUCCUGUUAUCACAGUUCAGGCAUCCUAUGCAUCAAGCCCAAGUACGGCAGACUGGAGUGGACAGACUCCAUCUUCUGAAUUUGAGGAUGUGGAGUCUGGGGAUGACCUAGGAACCUCUACUCUUUCUGAAACCAUCCCUUGUUCCACAUUCCAGAAUGUUUCAGCACAUGACACAUCAGGAUUUUCCGAGUUAUCGAGCAAUUAUCCAUGCUAUGCUGGAGCUAGUUUUGGCCAUGAUGCUAGCCCAUCUAUGUGGCCUGACAUUCACAACUCAAGCAGAAAUUUUACUAGCAUGCAUGGACAGAAGAUUUAUUUUGAUCAGUCCAAUGGUGCUGAUAUUAUUACUCAAAAGCUUAUAGAUGCUAAGUUGGAUCCCUAUAGCAUGGCCAGAGAUAGCCUUUUUCCUGAUGGGCACAUCCAAAUUGGGGAAGUUCCAAGGAUAUCUCAGGUGGAACAAGGGAAUGAUCUCCAACUAUUACAUCCUCAGUUUCAGAGUAACUCUGGGUCUCAUAUAAUGGUUGCUGGUAAUAACCAAUUCUUAGCAUUUCAAAAUGAUGCUCCAGCAGUUGGUCCAUAUAAUGAAGAAUUAGGAGAGCUAAAGAAACUUGACAGCUUUGGAAGAUGGAUGAAUAAAGAAAUUGGUGGGGACUGUGAUGAUUCCUUGAUGGCAUCAGACUCUGGUAAUUACUGGAAUACUCUUGAUACUCAGAAUGGAGACAAGGAAGUAUCAAGUUUCUCACGCCAUAUUCAAUUGGACAUUGAUUCACUUGGUCCUUUCCUUUCCCAAGAACAGCUGUUCAGCAUUCACGAUUUUUCACCAGAUUGGGCUUAUUCUGGGAUUGAGACAAAGGUUCUGAUAUCAGGUACAUUCCUGAGUGACGCAAAGCACUUUACAAGUACAAAAUGGUGCUGCAUGUUUGGUGAUGUUGAGGUUUCUGCUGAAGUUUUGACAGAUAAUGUCCUUCGAUGUCAAGCACCACCACAUGCUCCUGGACGUGUUCCAUUUUAUAUCACCUGCAGUAAUAGAUUGGCCUGCAGUGAAGUACGGGAAUUUGAAUAUCGUGAAAAGCCAUUAGAUGUUUCAGUAGCUAUCAGAAGUGAUCCAGAAGAUGAGAUGCGUCUUCAAAUACGUUUUGCAAAAAUGCUAUAUCUGGGAUUAGAGAGAAAAUGGUUGGAUUGCUCUGUUGAUAACUGUGAUAAAUGUAGACUGAAGAAAGAUAUAUAUUCAAUGAGGACUGAUGAUGAGAAGGAAUGGGGGCAGAUUGAGAAGGCUUCACUGUCUUUUGAUGGAAAUCAUGAAAAUCCUAGAGAUGUGUUGAUCCAGAAGUUGUUGAAGGACAGAUUGUAUGAAUGGCUAGUCUGCAAAGUUCAUGAAGGUGGCAAAGGGCCACAUAUUUUGGAUGAUGACGGCCAAGGGGUCAUUCAUCUUGCGGCUGCUCUUGGUUAUGAGUGGGCCAUGGGUCCCAUAGUUGCUGCUGGUGUAAGUCCUAGUUUUAGAGAUGCACAUGGAAGGACAGGACUUCAUUGGGCAGCAUACUUUGGGAGGGAGGAAGCUGUUGUCAAACUUGUAAGAUUGGGAGCAGCUCCAGGUGCAGUGGAUGACCCAACUCCAAAAUAUCCUGGAGGGCGAACAGCUGCUGAUUUGGCAUCAAGUAGAGGGCACAAGGGAAUCGCUGGAUAUUUAGCUGAAGCAGAUUUGACUAGCCACCUUUCUUUGUUGACUCUUAGGGAAAGUGUUAUGGACAGUGUCGCUGCCACUAUUGCAGCAGAAAAGGCCAUUGAGACAGCGAAGGAGCAGAGUGUGGUUCCUCUAGAUGGAAGCAGGGAGGAACAGUGUUCCCUGAAAGGAUCACUUGCUGCUGUUAGGAAAUCAGCUCAAGCAGCUGCUCUCAUUCAAGCUGCAUUCCGUGCCAGAUCAUUCAAACAGAGGCAGUUAACCAAGAGUAAUGAAAAUUCUGAGAUUCCAACUGAUCUAGUUGCCCUUUCCUCCUUGAAAAACAAGCCCCAAAAGAUCGGCCAUUAUAGUGAUUAUUUGCAUUCUGCGGCUGUAAAAAUCCAGCAAAAAUAUCGUGGUUGGAAGGGGCGUAAAGAGUAUUUAAAGAUACGCAACAGAAUUGUAAAAAUUCAGGCACAUGUUAGGGGACAUCAAGUGCGGAAGCAGUACAAAAAGGUUAUAUGGUCUGUCAGUAUUGUGGAAAAGGCUAUAUUACGGUGGAGGCGAAAAGGAACUGGACUGCGCGGGUUCCGCGCUGAAAAAGCAAUUGGAAAUGUAGAAACUGACCUCGGGAAGUCUGAUGAGUAUGAGUUUCUCCGCCUUGGUCGGAAACAGAAAGUUGCGGGGGUGGAGAAAGCUCUUGCAAGAGUUCAAUCUAUGGUUCGUUACCCGGAGGCUCGUGAUCAGUAUAUGAGACUGGUCACAAAAUCUCAAAACUUAGAGAUGAGAGAUAAAGGGAGCAGCACGUCAAACCAAGUUCAAACUUCAGAAAAGAGUACAAAUGAGGAUUUACUUGCACAUAUGACGGAUUAAAUGUUGACAGCCAACCAAAUUAGCGUAGAUAUUUUCCCAGCAAACUAAAAUUCCAGGCUAUUCAACCGACGCCUCUCUCAGUUCGAUUGUAAGUAUUGUACAUGUAUGACAGAUGACGUGCGAUUUUCCUUGUAAGAGAACGGGUUGUUGGAAAUGAACGACUCAAUGACUGCAGAGACAACCAGAUAGGCGCUAUAAAUUGUUGUACGGUUGUACCAACUACUAAGUUAUGUAUCUCGCCCAUGUCUUGGGCAUUUUAUUUUAUACACUUUGACGAGAUAGAGCUGUAGUUAGUUGCUUUAGUGAUAAUGCGAUGCUCUCCUGUAACCAGUAAAGCUUAACCAUAUAGCAAUUUGAAAGAAAAUUCGUCUUUCUUUUCUGGUUAACAAAUGAUGGAUGCAUCACGGGAAUUGUAGAAUAUAUUAUAUAUUCCUUGUGUUAAAUAGUAAGAGAUCUGGUUCUGGUAGACAA